AUGGAUGUCAUACAGAAGUUUGUGAAGUUCUGUGUCGACAGGAGAUCAGCUAUCGGCUAUGGCUUUCUGGCACUGAUUACUGUGGGAAGCCAACAGAUAUUUUCUCUUAUUGCCUUCCAGUGCCCAUGCAGCCACCAGAACCUCACCUAUGGACUUGUUUUCCUUUUUGCCCCUGCAGUCAUACUACUUGUUUUAGGCUAUUUCCUUGACAGCAGGACAUGGAAGUUAUUUACUGGCUGCUGUCUGAACCCAAAGAAGAUUCUCCCCCAGUGGAAUCCUUGUCAAUGCUUUCAGAUAUUUUUACAGAUUACAAUGAAUGCUUUUGUAGUACCGGUCAUGUGGAUCUCAAUAGCUUUGCUAAAUGGAUCAUUUUAUGCUUGUGCAAUGAGUGGCUGGCAAAAUCCUCAACACGUGCAAUAUGUGUGCCAAAACAAGUCACAGCAAUGCAGUAAUCAAUUGUGGAAGGCCCCCUGCAACAAAACGGCAAUGCCAUCAACAGAAGCGGUAGAAGUUGUUCUGCUUCUGCAAGCUCAGUCUCAGGUUUUAGGCUGGUGGCUGAUCGUAGCAUCAUCUGUAAUUUGCCUUUUAAGCACCUGUUAUGUCAGUUGCCGAUCUAAAGUCAGUUCCCAACAAAUGACUUUUUGGAGAAUUUACAUUGAAAAAGAAAGAGAUAAAUUUGAUCAGUUGGUACAAGAAUAUGCCACCAAACUUGCAGAGAGAAACCUGAGGAGCUUCUUUGAGAACAAGAAACCAGAUGACUUUGACAUGCCGGACAAUAAGUCUUGGGAGGAAAUUUCCGCUUUGUGCCCUAUCAACUCAAACCGCCAGUACUACAGCACACUUCAUAGGUUUGUAGAAAAUUGUGAAAAUACAGAUGGUACCAAAAAAGAAGAAUUUAUGGAAUUUGUAGAUGGAGAGCAAAGUAUAGUGUAA